AUGAAAAAAGACUUCCCUCGCUUGACUUGUUCAUCCGCUAACCCGAAAUCAGUUUCCGUCCCCAAAACAUCUGUGCUGCUAAUCACGACACUGACUGAGAUGACGUCUGAAUGUGAUCUGGAUGUGUUUGUAAAUGAUCAAUUAGAAAUUGAGAAGCACAAAAAUAAGAAGUUGAAUCCAAUUUCAGGAAAUAAAUUAAAAAAGAGAAAAAAAAAGAAGCUCAAAGCAGAACUUUAA